AUGUCUUUAAUUACGAAAUCAAUCAAACCUAAUAAACUUUUACUGGUAUUCAUACAUGGUUUUAAAGGUGAUGAUACAACAUUUCAGGAAUUUCCAGAAAGGAUACAUAAUACCCUAACAAGUUUCUAUAGUGACAUGGAAACUGAAACAAUCAUCUAUCCAAGAUAUGAGACACGUGGAGAUUUAAAGAAAGCUGUGGAGAUUUUUUGUAAUUGGUUGGAAGAAAGAGUAGAACUCGAGGAAGAAAUGUUGACAGAAAAAGGAAGUUCAAAUAUUAAAGAUGAUUCUGAUGAUGAUGAUAAGGAAGUUGGUAAUAUAUGGGUUGGUCUGAUUGGGCAUUCUAUGGGUGGACUUUUAGCAGCUAUCGGAGCAGGUGCUACAGCAUAUUUACAUAAAGAAAAAGUUAGUAGCGGUAUUGGAUGGUUGGGAAGUCACUUAGAAUUUGUUGGCGUAUUAAUAAACACAAAAGAACUCAAAGAAAGGGUUGAAACUUUAAUAAAUGUUCCAAGAGCUGGUUUUCAUUGUUAUUACACGCAGAUCGAGCCAAAAGCUUUUGGAGAUAUACCACGCACAUUUAUUGUUAAACCUCCAGAAGGAAAAAAGAAAUAUUUUUCACCUGCGUCAUGUACAUCAGCUGAUGAAAUAGAUGCACAUAUUACAAUGUUUGAUCCUGUGCAAAAUCAAUAUUUUUAUGAUCUUGCUCAUGUUGAGUUGUCCAUAAUGAUAAGAAAUUUUGUAAUUGAUGAUCUGUCAGUGUAA